AUGGUUGACGCAGAUUCACUUGUGGCUCAAGCAUGUUCUCACAUGGAGGAAUCGCCCACAGCGGGACAGAUCCAGGAGGGGAAAGACGCUGCAGCUGUGGACCCGGGCACCCUGCUGGACGCUGGAGGCAGCGCCGUGGUGACUCUGGUGGCGGGCGACACACGUCUGGCAGCACACAGGGCCGUCCUUGCCGCCAGGAGUCCCGUGUUCGCCUCUAUUUUCAGCCACGGCACGCUGGAGGCCGCAGUCCCAGACGUGGGGGGCCAGUUGCUGCGCCACCUCGUGGCCUACAUGUAUACCCUGCAGGCCCCGCAGUUGGCCAGAAUGGCCCCCCAGCUGCUGGUCGCGGCUGAUAAGUACGGCUUGUCAGGCCUGAAGGCACAGUGCGAGCAGCAGUUGGCUGCACAGCUGUCUGUUGAGACUGCGGUGGCCACAGCUGUGCUCGCUAUUCGGAACUCCUGA